CAGUGUUGAGAGAGAGAGAGAGAGAGAGAGAGAGAGAGAGAGAGAAAGAGAGAGAGAGGGGAGAGCAAGAGUAUGUUUCUGUUUCUUUUUCUGAAUGUUGCCUUUCUCAUUCAUGUUUUAGAUAAUUAUGACUGCUGCUCAAAUGUGUUUAUGUAUUACAGUAUGUGUCUUUUUAGUCAUUCACUGCACAGAACUGGUCAGCUUAUGCUGUGUGUAAAUGUACUUUAUAAAUUAAAUUGACUUUACUUACUUACUAAUGUUUAAGAGAUGGUGCAUUGUUGUGCUAUAGUGUGUGUGUGUGUGUGUGUGUGUGUGUGUUCUUACCUUGGUCUGGUGCCAGGCCUCAGCUUCCUUGCGGCUGCGUACGGAAAUGGCCUCAUACUGCUCCUUCACGUCAGACACGACCUGCUGCAUGUCCAGUUCCCGUGAGUUGUCCAUCUCAACGAUCACUGAGAUGUCCUGCAACUCUGCCUGCAUUUCACUGAUCUCCUGACCACAGGGGGCGCCAACAGAGAGAACAUACACCUGAAUAGUGGGGUCGAUAUCCAAGUUCAGGGGCGUCAGCAGGCUCUGGUUGACGGACACAGCCGUGAUGGGCAUGCCCACGUGGAAGCCCCGCGCCGGGUAAGCCGUCCCCAGCACGCCAGCUCCGAAACCGAGGCCAGAGCCAGACCCCACCGAGCGACUGCUGAAGCUCUGGGCGCUGCCACUGAAGCGUUUACGCCGCACACUCAUGGCUGAGGCUAGAGACGAGCACGGAGAGAGAGAGAGACAGAGAGGCAAGUCUGUCUGUUUCCUCUGACAAGGAAUUCUUAUGGGGAAGCGCCUCUUAUAAAAUGUCUGACGUCACCUCUGUUCCAUCUUCACUCAAAGUCAUGAAGAUUGCUGCUUUCAAUGUUCAGCGAUUUGGAGUUAAAAAAGUGUCCGACCCAGAAGUCUUGUCUACACUUGUGAGGAUUGUGUCUCGGUAUGACAUCAUCCUGAUUUUGGAGGUGACGGAUGUGACCGGGGAUUCUGUGGAGAUCUUUCUGAAUGAGCUGAAUAGGGUAAACACAGAGCACCACUACACUCUCAAGCUUAGUACCCGCCUGGGCAGGACACGAUACAAGGAGCAGUUCCUCUUCCUCUAUCGGGAUGACUUGGUGGAUUUGGUGGGGUCAUACCAGUACGAGGACACCCAGGAGGGAGACCACGAUGCUUUUGCCCGGGAGCCUUAUAUACUGCGCUUUACAUCGUUUCACACAGUUUUGAAGGACUUGGUUCUAAUUCCGGUCCACACUAAGCCAGACGAUUCGCUCAAAGAGCUGGAUGAACUCUACGAGGUGUUCUUGGCUGUCCGAAAGAAGUGGAACACAGACAAUGUCAUGAUUUUAGGGGACUUCAAUGCGGAUGGAAGUUAUGUGUCUGACAAAGACUUCCACAACAUUCGCAUCAGGAGUGAUAAGAACUUCCAUUGGCUGAUUGGAGAUGAUGUGGACACCACUGCCAACACAGGAAAUGCGCACACAUAUGACAGGAUUGUGGUGUAUGGGCAGGACAUGCUGGACUCUGUGGUGCCUGGCUCUGCUCGUCCAUUCAACUUCCACACUGCAUUCGACCUGACAGAGAGAAUGGCGCUGAGAGUGAGCGAUCAUUACCCUGUUGAGGUGGUGUUGCGCUGUGAUAAGAGCUGUCGUGGACACGACAUUGGAUGGAAUGUCUUCCCCAGAAGCUUAGAGCCAGGCUUUGAUGUUCUCCAGCCACGAGGAGCCCAAGGCCCAGUUGGUGCCCCGGAACUAAUUCCUGAAAGCGAACUGCCACCCCUGGAGCCACAAGGCCCUAUGUCCAGGAGCAACCAACCAUCUCGUGGCGCAGCCUUUGGAGGCAACCAGUCACCAUAUCCAAGCAUGAGGAGUGACCUGCAACCAGGCCCGCGUCCUUACAGUCCCGCUAUACAGGGUGGCCAUACGCUGUAUGGUCCAAACACAUGGAGCAACCAGCCAGACAUUAGUACACCAAGACAAGGUGUCUCUGAAGUACUACCAUUUCAAGGCGCUCCUGUGGUGAUCUUCCCCCCGGUAGUGGAGCACCUGAUGGUGGAGGUACUGGGGCUGCAGAGGGACAAUCUGCACCUGGAGCGAGAGAAGCUCGGCCUGGAGAUCCAGGUGCUGAGACGCAACCUGGCCAGAGCUGACAGAGAGUGACACCCAGCUGUGGGGCUCUUGAGAACGCAGCUAUUGUUAGAUUAGCAUGUAAAAGACAGACACAAAGAAUCCUGUGAGAAGCUGGGUGUGAAUACUCUACUGUGAGGAUGUUGAUGUGUGUGUGUAUGUGUCCGUGUGUAUGUGUCCAUGUGUGUUCAAUAUCAAUAGUUUACCGUUUCAAUGUUAAUGCUUUGUAUUUCUUUCAAGGUCAAGUUCUGGAAAAUCAUAAAAGCUCAUUAUACACAGUGGACAUGUGAUUUCCAUGUUAAGCAUAAAAUUACUUAAUCUAAUUUAAAUAAGCAAUGGCAACAGACCACCAACUGAUUAACUGGAAAAUAAUCAUAAUUUAUUAAUUUCGCAGACACUGCUGUUUAAAAUGACGUACAUGUCAACUAUAUUACAAAGGGAGGAAUUUGGGAUUAAGUGCCUUGCUAAAAGGCACAACAAUGGAAGUCAGGAAUUAAUCCUAACUUUCAGUGUAUUCACAUGCUAGCCCAGCUCCUUAACCAAAACACUAUCAUCCACAGCUUUGUAAGGCAACUUUGUCUUAUUUACUGCUAAGCUAAGCUUAAAUUAAAGAUGUUAAAUGUGUUUGUAUAGCUAAUUUAUAUUGAAUAGUGGACUUGUAGGCCUAUGCUUUUUAUAUAGGCUAGUUUUUGCAUUUUGUAUAAUAUUUUCUAAGAAUAGUUGCAUAUUGUAAAUUUAGCUCUACUGGAACGAGAGUUUGAGCUGUAAAGGUAAAACAUAACAUUUGUUAAAAAUUUGUUUAAUUUUCUACAGCACUUCGGUCAGUGAAAGCUGUGUUUAGAUGUGCUUUAGAUUUACUUACUUAGGCUACUGAAGCUUAUUGAGUUAUUGUCCAUAAUUUUCUUUCAAACUGUAAACUAGAGUGAUACAAACCUAUUUUUGUGAAUAAACAGCAAAAAAUGCAA